AUGGAGCUUCUCUCUCGUCUCUGUUCUUCUAAACCUUCUGCUUCUGUUUCAGUUUCAAACCCAGUAGUCAAGAAUGCUGGAAACAAUUUGGCCAGGAAACGACUACAGAAAGAACUUGCCAAUAUAACAAAAGACCCACCAAGUCAUUGCAGUGGUGGGCUUGUUGGAAAUGACAUCUUCAAGUGGAAGGGAGCAAUAAUGGGUCCUGCUGAUACCCCAUUCGAAGGUGGUAUAUUUUUUCUCUCUGUCUGUAUCCCCAGGGAUUACCCCUUUCAUCCACCCAAAGUCAGAUUCCUAACCAAGGUUUAUCAUCCAAACAUUGAUGCUAAUGGCAAUAUCCAUGUUGACAUUCUAAAGGAACAAUGGAGCCCUUGCUUGCUUGUUGAGAAGGUUUUACUGUCCAUAUGCUCCCUUCUUCCUGAUCCAAAUGCAAAGGGCUCUGUGAAUUCGAUAGCUCAUCUUUACAACAAUGACAGGAAGCUUUAUAAUAAGAAAGCAAGGGCAUGGACACAGAAAUACGCAAUGGGCUGAGCCACUGAGGGACCUGAUUGCCUUGCUCUCAUGAACACUUGUUUCUGAAUCUUAUUACCUACAUGAUAGAUAUGGUAUAUAGAUGUACUUGAUUCUUGAACUGCAUUAACAAUGAU